GGAAAAUCUUGACAUUGACAGUUUAAGACUCGAGUGGAAAAUAAAUAAUUAUAAAAUAUAAAUACAUAAAUUUAUAACUAUAGUAUUCAUUAAUCAAAUUCCUGUGUAUAGUUAUAUAUAAAAUCAUGCUUUCCAGGUUAAGAAUUAAACGAGAUAUAAAAUAUUUCGUGCGGUGUUUAUCCGAUAAACCUCCUUCAGAUCACGAUGGUAAAAUAUCAGAAAUUAAAACUAAAGAUAGCAAAGAACAAAAUAAAUCGACUGAAUCUAGUACUGAAAAGAUUCAAGCCCUUCUGAAACUGAUGAUGUCUGAGCCUAAAAUAUCCGAAAGUGAAUACAGAGAAAAGUUUGCUACAGCACCGGAAAGACAGAAAAAGCAUAAGCCUGAUGUAUUAGAAGUUAAAAUGGAGAAGAUUGAGGAAAGCAUCACCAAAGCGGCAAGUGAUGUUGCUCAAGCCAUUGGAGGAGAUGUUAAGCAGACAGAAGCUGAAUUACUAUCUAAAGUUCUUGGGAAAAUAAACCAAACUUCUACAUCCCUCAGUGAUUUAAUAGUGGGAAUGAAAGUAGACAGGUCAAAAGACAGUGAUGAAACUGUAACAAAAGAAACAAGAGGGCAACAAGUAAAACGCUUGAUGAAGCCAAGAGAAGGCACAGAAGACAUUCGAUACUCCCAAAGAAAAGAGAAAACAACAUUUGAAAAGAAAAGAAGCAUGCCUCAACCCAUUUCAAUGGACAUCUUCAGUGGUGAACCACUUGGUAUAUUCAAAACGAAACAAGAGAACUAUGGAACCAAGUUGGAAGUUUGGGAUCACUUGAGCCAAAGAGAGCUCUUGUUGGCUACUUCACAACCACCUGCCAAUUAUUUCCAGAAGAUGAUCCAGUGGACUGAGCAGGGAAAAGUUUGGAAGUUUCCUAUAGAUAAUGAACAAGGAAUAGAGGAAGAACAAAAUGUCCACUUUUCUGAGCAUAUAUUCCUUGAUGCACAUUUGGAAGGUUGGUGCCCAACUAAGGGUCCAAUCCGUCACUUCAUGGAACUUGUGUGUGUGGGACUUUCAAAAAAUGCAUUUUACACAGUUAAAGAAAAACAGGAUCACAUUAUGUGGUACAAAGAGUAUUUUGAAUCUAAACAGGAUAUUCUUAAAGAUAUUGGUGUGUGGGAAACUCAAUCGACCAGUGAAGCUUCUACGUAACUUUGAUAAAUUAAUUUAAUAGAUAGAUUAAAUAUAUAAUAAAAUUAAUGAA